GCGACAUGGAGCUACACGUGCGGUGCGCGCUCGCGGUGCUGGCGAUGGCGGCGUGUUGCGCAUGGAGCGCUUCCGCGCAGGAGCCCGUGUCGGCCGACACAGAGUCGGGGAGGGUGUGCGGCGGCUACGAACCCCAUGGCGACUACGCCUACUUCCUUGCCGUACCUUACGCCAAGCAGCCUCUCGGUCAACUCCGCUUUCAGGAACUGCAGCGUCCGGAUCCAUGGACAGAAUGCCGGCCCGCGACCGAAGUGGGGCCAAUUUGUCCCCAGCACGACCUUUUCUAUGGGCCAAUCAUGAAUCCCCGCGGUCAGAGUGAGGAGUGCAUCCACGCCAACAUCUACGUCCCUCUGAAGUCUCUGCCGUCGAGAGCGCGCGGCGAGAGUCGUCCGCUGCUGCCGGUGCUGGUGUACAUGCACGGCGGAGGCUUCGGCUUCGGCUCCGGAGAUCCGGACGCACACGGCCCGCAGUACCUCGUCAAAGAGAAUGUUGUCGUCAUCACCUUCAAUUACAGGAUUGGAGCUUUCGGUUUCCUGUCCCUAAACUCGACGAGUAUCCCCGGCAACGCUGGUCUCCGGGACAUGGUGACGCUGCUGCAAUGGGUGCAGCGCAACGCCGAGGCCUUCGGUGGCAACCCCCACGACGUGACGCUGGCCGGACAAAGCGCCGGCGCUAGCGCCGUCCAUCUGCUCUCACUUUCUCAAGCAACAAAGGGACUUUUCAAGAGAGCCAUUUCGAUGAGUGGUGCAGGAUCAAGAAACUUUUACACGACAUCGCCAGCUUACGCGCAAACGGUAUCGGAAUUAUUCCUCGGUUAUCUUGGCAUCAACAGUACUGAUCCUGAAGAGGUGCACCAAAAGCUUAUUGUUCUUCCGCUAGAGCAGAUCAUGGAAGCUCAAAAACAGAUUCUGGACUACACGGGUCUCCUAGCAUUCUGUCCCGUGGUAGAAUCCGAACACCCGGGGGUCAAUAUAAUCUUGGACAAUGACCCGGAGGUGUUACAAGCGCAAGGUCGAGGCAAAGACAUCCCCUUUAUAAUUGGCUUCACAAACGUAGAAUGCCAAACAUUUCGACCACGAUUCGAACAGAUCGACAUUGUCGAAAGGAUUAAAAACAUGACUUCAGUGGUGCUGCCCCCAGGGGUAGCUUACAGGCACCCGGUAGCGGAGCUUCCUAGUAAAAUUGCGAGAAUUCAAGAGGAAUACUUUAGUGAAUCGUUGGAUAUGGAUACGUAUUUGAGCUACUGUACAGAGGUUAACUUCAUAUAUCCCGCGUUGAAACUGGCAGAUGCGAGAGCCGCCAACAAGGGAACCCCUGUAUUCUUGUACCGGUUCGCGUAUAACGCGGACAAUAGUGUGUACAAGAAAGCGCUCAAUUUGACGUACGAUGGCGCCGGCCACUCAGAGGACCUCACCUUCGUGUUCCGAGCCAACCACGUGCUGGGAGACACGAUCGAGUCGGCCGCAGACAGUGAACUGAUUAUGAAAAUGACGGGGUUCGUCACUAACUUCAUGCGACAUGGUAAACCAACGAAGAACGUUGAGUUCAACGCAGACAAUAGCAUGUUUACGAAAAUGUCGAAGUUAUUCUAGGCCAGCUUCAUACCACAUAAACCAAUGACGAACGUGAACGAUUGGCGGCCGGUGUCGGCGUCGGAAGGGACGGACAAGUACGCUCCGUACAAGAACAUAGUCAACUACGAGGAGGCCGACCAGUGGCCGAGAUACCAGAGGAUGACCAAACGGGAUAGAAUUAAUUCAUUCGCAGGACACGCACCGGUGACUCACUGUGUGGACGCACGAUGCGUUACAGCGAUAAUCGCCCGUCGCUUAUUGAAUACUGACAGUUCCACAAUAAAAGCUAAUUGCUCAACCAGUAAUAGUGAAAACUUGCAACAAAUUAUUCGCAACGAGCCCAGUAACAUUCUAGUGUUCGGUAAGCUAGCCGGUCUGGCUCCGUCAUGGGGCGGGCUCCGCGAGUCGGAGAAGCCGACGUGUUCGGCGUCGUCGGCGGAGCAGUGCCUGCAGCUGGACGUGCACGUGCCCACGGCGGGCGCGCCCUGGCCCGUGCUGGCCUGGGUGGCAGGCGGCGGCGGGCCCUACGACCCCCGCCUGCUGGUGCGGCAGGGGGUCGUGGUGGUCGUCAUACAUCACAGAUUAGGUCCAGUGGGAUUUCUCUGCACAAAGGAGGAACAGAUACCAGGCAACGCCGGUGCAAAGGAUGUGGUGUCAGCGCUGAGAUGGGUGCGGGACAACAUCGUGGCGUUCAGAGGAAACCCUGCGAAUGUAGUAGUGGGCGGGCAGGGCUUCGGGGCCGCGAUCGUCGAGGGGCUGACUCUCAGUCCUAUGGCUGAGGGCCUGUUUCAUGGGGCUAUCAUGCAAAGCGGGACGAUAUUAAGCCCUUGUGCUUUUAAUUACGACUCGACUGAACGCGCCCUCAUGCUUGGAAAAUUGUAUACCGACAGUGAUGCGAUCGCAUCAUCUUUAAUCAAAGCAGAUGACGUCGAUUUAGCAGACAAGGCUGACAAGCUCAACUUGCCUUAUUACCCCUUCGGAAUGUGUGCAGAAAAAGCUUUCAAGAGGGAAGAGAGAUUCCUUUCUGAGCCGCCGUUCGAUUCGCUGUCGAAUCACAAAGCACGAAACGUUCCGAUGAUCAUAGGGUUCAAUAGUGAGGAAGGAUACGUCUUUGCGGCAAUGUUGAAAGCAUUGCGAGUAUUGAAGAGGAUGGUCAAAGAUUUUAAUAUUUUGCUUCCGGAGGAAUUAAAGAGUUUGAACAACAGAGAAUUGAAGCGAAUUAAAGAGAUUUAUUUUAAUGGCAAAGUUAAUAUGUCUGACGUUCUAGCGUAUCAUAGAGACGCGUACUUCGUAAGUCACGUGCACCGCAGCGCGCGGUUACACGCCGCGUCCGCGCCGGUGUACUACUACCAGUUCUCACACUCCGGCGCAUGGGGCGUGGAACCCGAGCGAGGGAUCCCCAAGACCGGGGCUGCACAUGGAGAUGAACUGGCUCUACUGUUCCCGGACAAAGGACAGGAGUUGGAAGGGGAGGAUGGGGAGGUGCAACGCUCUAUGGUGCGGCUUUGGACUAACUUUGUCAAGUAUCUGCAACCAACGCGCGACGAAUCGCCUCGCUGGGAGGCAAGCACCGACAACCUCCUAGACAUCGCCGGCAGCACAACCAUGCGGCCUUUCCCACUCUCCCGGGCCUGGGACGACCUCUACGAGCGGCACUACUACAACAGGCUACGGAACAACGGCUAG